AUGAAGAGGGAAAACCAGAGCAGCGUGUCUGAGUUCCUCCUCCGGGGGCUCCCCAUCCGGCCAGAGCAGCAGGGCGUGUUCUUCGCCCUGUUCCUGGGCGUGUACCUGACCACGGUUCUGGGCAACCUGCUCAUCCUCCUGCUCAUCAGGCUGGACGCUCGCCUCCACACCCCCAUGUACUUCUUCCUCAGCCACUUGGCCCUCACUGACGUCUCCUUUUCAUCUGUCACCAUCCCUAAAAUGCUGAUAAACAUGCAGACUCAGGAUCAAUCCAUCCCCUAUGCAGGAUGUGUAACACAGAUAUAUUUCUUCCUCUUUUUUACUGGUCUGGAUGAUUUCCUGCUCACCUCGAUGGCCUAUGAUCGGUAUGUGGCCAUUUGCCACUCUCUCCACUACAGCACCGUCAUGGGACAGGGGCUGUGCACCUUACUAGUAACUGUGUCCUGGCUUCUCUCCUGUGCCAGUGCCCUGUGUCACACGCUCCCCCUGACCCGGCUGUCCUUUUGUGCUGACCACAGCAUCCCCCAUUUCUUCUGUGACCUUGAUGCCCUGCUGAAGCUCUCCUGCUCAGACACAUCCCUCAAUGAGCUGGCCAUUUUCACAGUAGGAGUGACCUGCAUCGUCCUCCCAUUAGUGGGCAUCCUGAUCUCUUAUGGGCGUAUCGGGGCCACCAUCCUGAAGGUCCCCUCCACCAAGGGGAUCUGCAAAGCAUUGUCCACAUGUGUCUCCCACCUCUCUGUGGUGUCUCUGUAUUAUGGAACAAUUAUUGGACUGUAUUUUUUCCCCUCAUCCAGCACCUCCAGGGACAAGAGCACCAUUGCCUCUGUGAUGUACACAGUGGUCACUCCACUGCUGAACCCCUUCAUUUAUAGCCUAAGGAACAGGGACAUGAAGGGGGCCCUGGAGAGACUCUUGCACAGGGCAAAAGUCUUGUCUCAAUGA